AUGAGACAUGACUUAAAUUACUUACUGGAAAUGGGUGUCUCUUACGGAAACUGCACGUUAAUCGAUACUGCUUCAUUACUCAACCUCACCCAUGGACAGCAACAGCCCAGCUUGAAGGAUUCUUUGAGAUUGGUUCGCCAGCCAUUCGCUUUCUUGCAUAAUGCCGGUAAUGAUGCUUACUACACGUUAUUGCUUUGUCUUGCGUUGGCAGACCCUUUUUAUCGGAUGGCAUCAGAAAUCGACACAGACACUAGAAUGGCCAAUUGGAAGUGCCGCAACUUGAAAAACGAGAUAACUAACGAAAGUCGGAGAUACUACGGAGACGAAGAGAGGUUCUCUCACUUUUUGCAUCACCAGCCUUUGUGA